AAUUUAAUCAUUAUUAGUUUCAUACUUCCUUAAUACUACACCUGUAAUUAUUGCUUUAACAGGUGGCAGUAGACUGGUGGCAGUUCGGAUUCUUGGCCUGUACAGUAAACAUGGACAGUAUAAAAAUGGCAAACGUAAAGGACAUUAUUAAGGCUAAAAUCGCCGAUAAGAAAGUGAUGAUAUUUUCUAAGCCACACUGUCCAUUUUGUCUAAUGGCUAAGGAAGUGUUGGAGAAGUAUGUGGGUAAGGGACAAAUAAUAGAACCUGAAGAUUACGAGGUAUGGGAAAUCAAUAAAGAUUCCAACUACAGUCAGUUAUGGGAGGAGUUGACGAAUAUGACUGGAUCACGAACGGUACCACGUGUGUUCGUCAAUGGUACAUUUAUCGGCGGGGGAACUGAAACUCGAGAUCUGGAUAGUAGCGGACAGCUAGUAGAAAUGCUAAAGAAGAAAAAAACAGCAUAAAAAUACAGCUGAAGCAGUUUUAGACCAUUCCUAUAAUUCCACAAUAUCUUAGUAUCUACGAACAGCGGAAGUGUGAAAUCCGGGAGAGUGCUAUUAAACUAGGAUAUAUUAUUUUCAUCCUAUUAACAUUUUAUGAUCAUUUGCGAUAAUACUGUGUGUUCAAUACAUAUAUAUAAUCUUAUAAAAGCAUACUUGUGCGCCAAAUCUGUUUUUGUUCAUAUUUUAGUAAACUAAUAUACUGUGGUACUACUGUCAUGUAUACAAUUUACAUCGAGCCAGUUAAGCUGGGCUCCAAAUAUGACAUUUAACUUGGACCUAGCUACCGGGUACUGCACUUUGCACGUUGUCUUGUUAAAGGAAACAAUUGGUGCUAGUUUUAUGAAAAUGUUCCAAGUGAUUUAUAAAAUAUAAAGCAAAACGAAGUUAAGCUCUUUGAUCUCAAAGUGUGACAUUGACCUUGAUCUAGUGCUGAACAUCGUCUUGAUAAGGUUAGCAAUGAUGCUAGCUUGAUGAAAAUCGUCCCUGAGGUUAAGCAGAUAUGGAUCAGAAACAACAAAUGAACGGUCAUAAUUUGUAUCUGGAUAAUAUUGACCAUUACAGACCACAGACAAUUGAGCUUUGAAUACUGUAAGCUGAUUCAUUCUCCUGGUGUUGGUGAGAACGUAUCAUUUUUUUUUGUCCCAAAGUCAUCCUGAUAAUAAAACAUGCCAUCUCCAUUUUAAUACAGGUGGAUCACUGUGACCUUGACCUACUUGCUCAAAGGACAAAAUGGGUGACCACAAUCAGUGUAUGAGGACAGACAACUGAAGGUUAAAAUGGUCAGAUCAAGUAAUCUGCGACGGCAAAAGAAUAUACCCCACGGCUUAAGCACCAAGAGAGAGGCUAUAAUACAAUUGUUCAAGGAGUUAUGAUAUUUUUCUGUUUAACAGUUCCUCACAUUGCCACCAACCAUUGUACUAAGUAAGGUUAAAUUCCUUUCUGAUUUUACCAAGUGACAUACUUCUUGAUUAUAGAUAUCACAUUGUUCACAACGACAAUGUGAUGAGGGACAUGGCUGCUAAAAAUUGCUAAGAAUUGUUUAUAAUUUCAUUCUGAUUAAUUGUCCGUAUCUUCUUAAUAUUUUAACCAUAAAUGAUCUAUAGCAACACAAUUCCUAAUAUUUUCAUCUUUGUGUAAAACUAAUGAAACUGUAUGUGUGUCUAAGUCAUUCUCCUGAAGAGCACCUUGACCAUCUGACCUUGCAUCAGCCCAAGUUUACUGGUGAACAACUUUAAAGCAGUUCACUAUAAGUUAUUUAAAAGUAUGUUCUAUAUUUUGCUGAGACAGCUCAAAAAUACGUGUACCAUUAAAACAAACUUCAUGAUACUAG